AUGGCGAGAGGAGUGAAAUGGGGAUGUUCCUAUAAGAGAACCACUCUCAUUGUUUGCUCUAUUAACAUAGUUGUUGCUCUUUAUGUUCUUCGCUCUCUAUAUGCUUCCCUUUAUCUUUACUCCAAUAAUGAUUUUGACGAAGUUGUAAAGUACACACCAGAUCAGAUUAGGAAAAUGGAGGAAUCAAUUCGGAUUCGAAGAGCGAAAGAACCUGUAGAGCUUGUUAAAAUUGUGAAGGAACUUGAGGAGGAGUUUAACAGAGAAGAAACGGUGGUUGAAUUACCAAAAGAGGUUAAGAAUAAAAUAACUGAUGAGAUUCUGCAUAGAUUGAGAAGCUUGAAUGCGAAUGCGAAUAUCAGUGAGCAGAGAGGAUUUGGGGCUUUGGUUUUGCUAACACCAGCAUCCUCUUAUAGAUAUCUUGCCUUAUCUUCGUUCUGCUCUUCUUUUGAUAAACAGAUGCUGUUGAAAGCUGGCGCAAAGAAAAACUGCAAGCAGUCAAACAUUUGGCCCUUGGAACAGGGGGGUGAAUUCAUCUAUUCUGAAAGAGGAAGCUGGUAUGCUUUUGUCCUUGGAAGGACCCUGCUCCUUACUCUUGUGAUUGAUUGUGCUGUAGGCAUACUAGUAAGAGCCUUGGAGUCUGAUUGGGCUGUGCUGUUAGAGAAUAUUGGCCUUUGGGUACCUGCUGAAGUAAUUCAACAGGAACAUGAUGAUAAGCCUGAUAGUGAAGAAGAGCCUGAGGAAGAGGUUCUACCUGGCAGGCCACUUCCACCUGAAUGCCAUGCCGAGCUCCAUGCUGACUAUGACGGUGCUGCUGUUAGAUGGGGCCUUACACACCAUAAGCAAAGUGCAGCAGACUGCUGUCAAGCUUGCUUAGAUCAUGCAAAAUAUGCAAAGCCUGGUGAAAAGAAAUGCAACGUAUGGGUCUAUUGCCCAUCAGAGACAGGGUGCUAUUCACCAGAUAUCUAUCAACAUAAAAAUCAGGAGUGCUGGCUAAAAUAUGCGGAAAAGCCCAAACUGAAUUUCAAGGAUAGGUAUUCUAACUCGUAUAGAGAUUCCCACCCAAAUGCGCCAUUGAUUGUUCCCUGGGUUUCCGGUGUUGAGGAAUUAGGAGCUUUUUCUUUGGACUAUGGUGGUGGAAGUGGAUGUGUUUACGAGUUGAGCCAUGGAAUAGAGUCUGUUUUCUCAUUAGUUUCAUAG